CCUUGUCAAACCUGCCUUGGGUGGCUGACAGGAGUAGUAACGGCAGAGAUACCAGAGCGUGGAUGAUGUCUGUCACAUGAAGUCACCGAAGCGCGGCUAGUUAUUUAAACUGUAAGGGAAACAGUGCCUUAAAAAAACAGAAAAAAAAAAACUUCUGUCAGUGUUCCUUCUCAUGGUUUAUAUCCCCUCUCAGCUGAAUAUCAGAGUAGUACUGACGGUAAUGUAGCGGGGUGGAGCUAACAGCUAGCAUUCGUUACUUAACCUAGUAGCAGUUGGUUAAAGAGCCACUGAGGAGCACAGAGACGACUUAAAAGUUAAACAGCAGGAGUGGGAGAUCAGACCGAAAUAAACCUUCGACUUGGUGUGAGCUUUACAAGCUCUCACCUUUGGGAGCACCCCUCGCCCUCCUUGUCAGCCAAAUGCAUGAGCGUGCUUGGUGAAUCCAGGGGGAUGGGAAGCGGAGUCCAGGAGCAGCGAGCCUCACUGACGCAGGGAGAGGUGCUGCCCAUCUCUUCCUCCAGUCAGUCUGAAGCAAGCUUUGAGGGCAUCAAACAAACUCGAUCUGUCCUCAACGCUCUCUUCUCUGGGGCUUUAGCCGGAGCCGUGGCUAAGACCGCCGUAGCCCCUUUGGAUCGAACAAAAAUAAUCUUCCAAGUGUCCUCAGCAAGAUUCUCAGCCAAGGAAGCGUAUAAGCUGAUCUACCGCACCUACCUGAAGGAUGGCUUCUUCAGUUUGUGGAGAGGGAACUCUGCUACAAUGGUGCGAGUCAUCCCCUAUGCUGCCAUCCAGUUCUGUGCUCAUGAGCAGUACAAAAGGCUGCUGGGAGGAUAUUAUGGCUUUCAGGGGAAAGCUCUUCCUCCAAUCCCUAGGUUGGUGGCUGGAUCAAUGGCUGGAACCACAGCAGCCAUGCUGACCUACCCACUGGACAUGGUGAGGGCCAGAAUGGCUGUAACCCCCAAGGAAAUGUACAGCAAUAUUCUGCAAGUUUUUGUGCGGAUCUCUCAAGAAGAGGGCUUGAAGACUUUGUAUCGAGGUUUCUCUCCGACCAUCCUUGGUGUCAUCCCCUAUGCUGGUCUCAGCUUCUUUACUUAUGAAACACUAAAGAAGUUGCACGCAGAGCACAGUGGCCGCGCACAGCCUUACUCAUAUGAACGCCUGGCUUUCGGGGCCUGCGCCGGCCUGAUUGGUCAGUCGGCGUCUUAUCCUCUGGAUGUGGUGAGACGACGCAUGCAGACUGCAGGGGUGACGGGUCACACUUACGGCACCAUCCUGGGCACCAUGAAAGACAUCGUUUCUGAGGAAGGGGUUAUCAGAGGACUCUACAAAGGCCUCAGCAUGAACUGGGUCAAAGGACCGAUAGCUGUGGGAAUCAGCUUCACCACCUUUGACCUAACGCAGAUUCUGUUGAAGAAGCUGCAUCAAAUGGGAUAUACCCGGUAGAACCAGAGGGAACGGAGCCACACGAUUCCAUAAGCAGAAACCUGGAGAACCCUUAUUGGUGGGAAGAAACAGACGUACAGUGACUAACAAUGGCUUGUAGGGUUGGAAUGUAGGGCGAAUCUACAGCAUCCACUGCAAACUGUUGUCAAGUGCAAUAUGAUGAGUUUAAUGUAUGCAUAGGUGGUAAUGCUGCAGACCCGUGGAGAGAGAUUUCUGGAGGUUUGCACACAGGUCCACCACUGGGGGGUUUAACAUUUAACCAAAGGUUAUAAUUGGACUCUGUUGCAAAAUAUGUGUACGUUUUGCUUCUAAGGCUUAUAGCAUUAACAGUGGCGUGUGGAUUAGUUAUGUUUGGGAUUAAAAUGUUUCAACUGUACCCCCAACGACUGAUGUGAGAACAGACCUGAUCUAUGCUAUGAGAUCGGAGUGCUAACAUGGGCCCAUAUUGUUUAUGUAGACAUCAGGGUAAAAGUAUUAGCUU